CCGAACGCGAAACGCAACUCGUCUUGUUCCCCUCCACGAUCCCCAAUUUCCGAAGACCUAACCCUAACCCAAGAGCCGCCGGAGCUACCGCCGCCGCGAUGCUCCGCUCCCCCGGCCACUCCCCUCGCAACCUCUCCCCCUCGCCCUCCCCCGCGCCCUCCACUCCUCGGCCCGCCUCCCCCACCCCGUCGUCCGCCUCCGCCGCAGCGUCCACCCUCGCCACCACCACCUCCUCCUCCAAGCGCCGCCGCCCGGAGGUGCUGGACGAGGACACCUACGUCGUCGCCAUCGAGCGCAUCAUCGAGCGCGACUUCUUCCCGGACCUGCCCCGCCUCCGCGACCGCCUCGACUGGCUCCAGGCCGUGCGCUCCCGGGACCCGCUCCUCCUCCGCGACGCGCAGCUCAAGAUCCUCGACCGCCGCCGCCGCCUCCAGCGCAGCGGGCCGCUCCCCACCCCGACGCCCGCCACCUCCACCGCGCUCCGCUCCCCGUCCUUCCUCGCGACCCCCUCCGCCGCCCCCUCCGCCGCGGGCGACCCCGAGGAGGAGGAGGACGAGGACGUCUCCGCCGCGCUCUCGCUCGACGGCUUCUUCCGCCGCUACACCAGCGAGGACAACGAGUCCUUCUCGCGCAUCCUCGAGAAGGUCAACCACCGCCGCCGCGAGCGCUACGCCCACCUCCUGGAGCCCGGCCAGGAGGCCGAAAAGCAGUUGCUGGAGGAUGCCAAGCGCGACCGGAUAACUGAUGGGUAUGGUACGUCAGGGCAGCCGCCGAGCACCUUGGAGGGCGCCAAGUUUACGGCCAAGAACCUGCUCAUGUACCACCCGGCUGACCGAGGUGAGGCGCCGCUCACCGACGAGGAGCUCGCUGUGCGGCUAAAGGGGCUCACCAAGGAGAUUGACAAGUCCAACACCAGGCUGCAUGGGAAGGCUCUGGCUGAAGACGGGAGGCCCAAGGAGGAGGAGGCUGCCGCCAUACUCUACGCUCUGGUUGCAGGCUCCACUCCUGGAGGAAUUGCCUACAAUGAUCCUGACAAAGGGAAGAAGUACGAUUUGGAGGAUCUGAGGAAGACGCCAAACCCGUUCUACAUCGAGUCGGGGAAGAAGGCAGACAAUGGGUACAGCUUUGUGAAAACACCGUCGCCAGCACCUGGCGUAGACGAGUCCCCGUUCAUGACGUGGGGUGAGAUUGAUGGAACGCCGCUGAGGUUGGAUCCUGACGAGACACCAGGUGGUAGUGAGAGGUCACAUUUCAAGAUCCCGCCUCCACCCGUUCGAGAUGUGAAGGCGCACGUGCUGUCCAGGGAUGCUGCAAAGAGGAUAAAGGCACGGACGAAUAUGUUCCACAAGCCACCGCUACCAUCCCCUGCCAGGGGAGGCAGUGCCAGCCCUAGGACCCUGUCUCCUGCAGCGCAGAAGUUUGUGAGAAAUGCCAUCGCCAAGUCUACACGAACCAUCGAUGAGUCCCUCCGUGCAAGUUACAGAGGGUCAACCCCACCUGCAGGCACUCCAAAGACGAGGUUUUCAACAGACCCAGGCCUGGGAUCACGAUCUCCUUCGGCGAGGAAGGGUUCCACCCCUCCCUGGUGAUUUCAGUAAACCUCAAUGUGCUAUGUAUAUCCAUUUUUUUCAUAAAAAGGAUACAUGUUUUUGCUUGUAUUGUCUCAAUCUUCAGUUUAUAUAACAACAAGAGCAAGCUAGUUUCUUAACCAUGGAGUCGAAUCUCAAAACUUCCUUGAGGUAAUCUCGUGUGUAUAAACUAUUCUUGCAUGCCAGACUCCCAACUGUAUUGUGAUUUUGCAAUGGUCUUACUAAAUUAUACCUUGAU